UCGGCCGGCCGGGCCCCUUCGCCCGCCACCCGCCAUCUUGCGAGAGCCAUUGGGGUUAUUGUCCGCCGCUCGGGCUCGGCGGGGCCGGCGGCGCUCGGGCUGCCCAGGCGCUGACGGGGCCGCGGGGCCGGCUCGGCGUGAAGAGCCGGGGCGGCGGGGCGGGGGCGGCGGCGGCGGCGCCAUGGAGGAUGAAAUGCCCAAGACCCUAUACGUGGGGAACCUGUCAAGAGACGUGACCGAAGCUCUAAUCCUCCAGCUGUUCAGCCAGAUUGGACCAUGCAAAAACUGCAAAAUGAUAAUGGAUACAGCUGGAAACGAUCCGUACUGUUUUGUGGAGUUCUAUGAGCACCGGCAUGCGGCUGCAGCACUGGCUGCUAUGAAUGGCCGGAAGAUAAUGGGUAAGGAGGUCAAAGUGAAUUGGGCGACGACCCCCAGCAGCCAGAAGAAAGAUACCAGCAGUAGUACCGUUGUCAACACACAGCGUUCACAAGACCAUUUCCAUGUCUUUGUCGGAGACCUCAGUCCAGAAAUUACAACUGAAGACAUAAAAGCAGCUUUUGCGCCGUUUGGAAGAAUAUCAGACGCGCGUGUGGUUAAGGACAUGGCGACAGGAAAAUCUAAAGGAUACGGCUUCGUUUCCUUCUUCAAUAAAUGGGACGCAGAGAACGCGAUUCAGCAGAUGGGUGGUCAGUGGCUCGGCGGAAGGCAAAUCAGAACGAACUGGGCGACAAGAAAACCUCCGGCUCCAAAGAGUACAUACGAAUCAAACGCCAAACAACUGUCUUACGACGACGUGGUCAACCAGUCUAGUCCAAGCAACUGCACAGUGUACUGUGGCGGUGUUACUUCGGGACUGACAGAACAGCUAAUGCGCCAGACCUUUUCUCCCUUCGGGCAGAUCAUGGAAAUCCGAGUCUUCCCGGAUAAAGGCUACUCCUUUGUACGGUUUAAUUCUCACGAGAGUGCCGCGCAUGCCAUCGUUUCCGUCAACGGAACCACCAUAGAGGGACACGUAGUGAAGUGCUACUGGGGCAAGGAAACACCAGACAUGAUCAGUCCUGUCCAGCAGAACCAGAUCGGUUACCCGCCGGCGUACGGGCAGUGGGGCCAGUGGUACGGCAAUGCCCAGAUCGGGCAGUACGUGCCCAAUGGCUGGCAGGUCCCUGCCUACGGCAUGUACGGGCAAGCGUGGAACCAGCAGGGCUUUAAUCAGACGCAGUCUUCGGCGGCGUGGAUGGGCGCCAACUACGGCGUGCAGGCGCCGCAGGGGCAGAACGGGAGUGUGAUACCCAACCAGACGGGAUACCGCGUGGCGGGCUUCGAAACGCCCUGAGGAGGAGAGGAGGACUCUGAAACCGGCAGGCCGCCGGGAAAGGAAACGUCGCGGAGCCUUUGUCAGGAUUUAUCAGAUCAAGCGUCAGAUAACGAUGUAUUUAUUUAAGAGAGAGAGAGAGAGAGAGA